AGUAGUAGUAGUAGUAGUAGUAGUAGUAGUAGUAGUAGUAGUAGUAGUAGUAGUAGUAGUAGUAGUAGUAGUAGUAGUAGUAGUAGUAGUAGUAGUAGUAGUAGUAGUAGUAGUAGUAGUAGUAGUAGUAGUAGUAGUAGUAGUAGUAGUAGUAGUAGUAGUAGUAGUAGUAGUAGUAGUAGUAGUAGUAGUAGUAGUAGUAGUAGUAGUAGUAGUAGUAGUAGUAGUAGUAGUAGUAGUAGUAGUAGUAGUAGUAGUAGUAGUAGUAGUAGUAGUAGUAGUAGUAGUAGUAGUAGUAGUAGUAGUAGUAGUAGUAGUAGUAGUAGUAGUAGUAGUAGUAGUAGUAGUAGUAGUAGUAGUAGUAGUAGUAGUAGUAGUAGUAGUAGUAGUAGUAGUAGUAGUAGUAGUAGUAGUAGUAGUAGUAGUAGUAGUAGUAGUAGUAGUAGUAGUAGUAGUAGUAGUAGUAGUAGUAGUAGUAGUAGUAGUAGUAGUAGUAGUAGUAGUAGUAGUAGUAGUAGUAGUAGUAGUAGUAGUAGUAGUAGUAGUAGUAGUAGUAGUAGUAGUAGUAGUAGUAGUAGUAGUAGUAGUAGUAGUAGUAGUAGUAGUAGUAGUAGUAGUAGUAGUAGUAGUAGUAGUAGUAGUAGUAGUAGUAGUAGUAGUAGUAGUAGUAGUAGUAGUAGUAGUAGUAGUAGUAGUAGUAGUAGUAGUAGUAGUAGUAGUAGUAGUAGUAGUAGUAGUAGUAGUAGUAGUAGUAGUAGUAGUAGUAGUAGUAGUAGUAGUAGUAGUAGUAGUAGUAGUAGUAGUAGUAGUAGUAGUAGUAGUAGUAGUAGUAGUAGUAGUAGUAGUAGUAGUAGUAGUAGUAGUAGUAGUAGUAGUAGUAGUAGUAGUAGUAGUAGUAGUAGUAGUAGUAGUAGUAGUAGUAGUAGUAGUAGUAGUAGUAGUAGUAGUAGUAGUAGUAGUAGUAGUAGUAGUAGUAGUAGUAGUAGUAGUAGUAGUAGUAGUAGUAGUAGUAGUAGUAGUAGUAGUAGUAGUAGUAGUAGUAGUAGUAGUAGUAGUAGUAGUAGUAGUAGUAGUAGUAGUAGUAGUAGUAGUAGUAGUAGUAGUAGUAGUAGUAGUAGUAGUAGUAGUAGUAGUAGUAGUAGUAGUAGUAGUAGUAGUAGUAGUAGUAGUAGUAGUAGUAGUAGUAGUAGUAGUAGUAGUAGUAGUAGUAGUAGUAGUAGUAGUAGUAGUAGUAGUAGUAGUAGUAGUAGUAGUAGUAGUAGUAGUAGUAGUAGUAGUAGUAGUAGUAGUAGUAGUAGUAGUAGUAGUAGUAGUAGUAGUAGUAGUAGUAGUAGUAGUAGUAGUAGUAGUAGUAGUAGUAGUAGUAGUAGUAGUAGUAGUAGUAGUAGUAGUAGUAGUAGUAGUAGUAGUAGUAGUAGUAGUAGUAGUAGUAGUAGUAGUAGUAGUAGUAGUAGUAGUAGUAGUAGUAGUAGUAGUAGUAGUAGUAGUAGUAGUAGUAGUAGUAGUAGUAGUAGUAGUAGUAGUAGUAGUAGUAGUAGUAGUAGUAGUAGUAGUAGUAGUAGUAGUAGUAGUAGUAGUAGUAGUAGUAGUAGUAGUAGUAGUAGUAGUAGUAGUAGUAGUAGUAGUAGUAGUAGUAGUAGUAGUAGUAGUAGUAGUAGUAGUAGUAGUAGUAGUAGUAGUAGUAGUAGUAGUAGUAGUAGUAGUAGUAGUAGUAGUAGUAGUAGUAGUAGUAGUAGUAGUAGUAGUAGUAGUAGUAGUAGUAGUAGUAGUAGUAGUAGUAGUAGUAGUAGUAGUAGUAGUAGUAGUAGUAGUAGUAGUAGUAGUAGUAGUAGUAGUAGUAGUAGUAGUAGUAGUAGUAGUAGUAGUAGUAGUAGUAGUAGUAGUAGUAGUAGUAGUAGUAGUAGUAGUAGUAGUAGUAGUAGUAGUAGUAGUAGUAGUAGUAGUAGUAGUAGUAGUAGUAGUAGUAGUAGUAGUAGUAGUAGUAGUAGUAGUAGUAGUAGUAGUAGUAGUAGUAGUAGUAGUAGUAGUAGUAGUAGUAGUAGUAGUAGUAGUAGUAGUAGUAGUAGUAGUAGUAGUAGUAGUAGUAGUAGUAGUAGUAGUAGUAGUAGUAGUAGUAGUAGUAGUAGUAGUAGUAGUAGUAGUAGUAGUAGUAGUAGUAGUAGUAGUAGUAGUAGUAGUAGUAGUAGUAGUAGUAGUAGUAGUAGUAGUAGUAGUAGUAGUAGUAGUAGUAGUAGUAGUAGUAGUAGUAGUAGUAGUAGUAGUAGUAGUAGUAGUAGUAGUAGUAGUAGUAGUAGUAGUAGUAGUAGUAGUAGUAGUAGUAGUAGUAGUAGUAGUAGUAGUAGUAGUAGUAGUAGUAGUAGUAGUAGUAGUAGUAGUAGUAGUAGUAGUAGUAGUAGUAGUAGUAGUAGUAGUAGUAGUAGUAGUAGUAGUAGUAGUAGUAGUAGUAGUAGUAGUAGUAGUAGUAGUAGUAGUAGUAGUAGUAGUAGUAGUAGUAGUAGUAGUAGUAGUAGUAGUAGUAGUAGUAGUAGUAGUAGUAGUAGUAGUAGUAGUAGUAGUAGUAGUAGUAGUAGUAGUAGUAGUAGUAGUAGUAGUAGUAGUAGUAGUAGUAGUAGUAGUAGUAGUAGUAGUAGUAGUAGUAGUAGUAGUAGUAGUAGUAGUAGUAGUAGUAGUAGUAGUAGUAGUAGUAGUAGUAGUAGUAGUAGUAGUAGUAGUAGUAGUAGUAGUAGUAGUAGUAGUAGUAGUAGUAGUAGUAGUAGUAGUAGUAGUAGUAGUAGUAGUAGUAGUAGUAGUAGUAGUAGUAGUAGUAGUAGUAGUAGUAGUAGUAGUAGUAGUAGUAGUAGUAGUAGUAGUAGUAGUAGUAGUAGUAGUAGUAGUAGUAGUAGUAGUAGUAGUAGUAGUAGUAGUAGUAGUAGUAGUAGUAGUAGUAGUAGUAGUAGUAGUAGUAGUAGUAGUAGUAGUAGUAGUAGUAGUAGUAGUAGUAGUAGUAGUAGUAGUAGUAGUAGUAGUAGUAGUAGUAGUAGUAGUAGUAGUAGUAGUAGUAGUAGUAGUAGUAGUAGUAGUAGUAGUAGUAGUAGUAGUAGUAGUAGUAGUAGUAGUAGUAGUAGUAGUAGUAGUAGUAGUAGUAGUAGUAGUAGUAGUAGUAGUAGUAGUAGUAGUAGUAGUAGUAGUAGUAGUAGUAGUAGUAGUAGUAGUAGUAGUAGUAGUAGUAGUAGUAGUAGUAGUAGUAGUAGUAGUAGUAGUAGUAGUAGUAGUAGUAGUAGUAGUAGUAGUAGUAGUAGUAGUAGUAGUAGUAGUAGUAGUAGUAGUAGUAGUAGUAGUAGUAGUAGUAGUAGUAGUAGUAGUAGUAGUAGUAGUAGUAGUAGUAGUAGUAGUAGUAGUAGUAGUAGUAGUAGUAGUAGUAGUAGUAGUAGUAGUAGUAGUAGUAGUAGUAGUAGUAGUAGUAGUAGUAGUAGUAGUAGUAGUAGUAGUAGUAGUAGUAGUAGUAGUAGUAGUAGUAGUAGUAGUAGUAGUAGUAGUAGUAGUAGUAGUAGUAGUAGUAGUAGUAGUAGUAGUAGUAGUAGUAGUAGUAGUAGUAGUAGUAGUAGUAGUAGUAGUAGUAGUAGUAGUAGUAGUAGUAGUAGUAGUAGUAGUAGUAGUAGUAGUAGUAGUAGUAGUAGUAGUAGUAGUAGUAGUAGUAGUAGUAGUAGUAGUAGUAGUAGUAGUAGUAGUAGUAGUAGUAGUAGUAGUAGUAGUAGUAGUAGUAGUAGUAGUAGUAGUAGUAGUAGUAGUAGUAGUAGUAGUAGUAGUAGUAGUAGUAGUAGUAGUAGUAGUAGUAGUAGUAGUAGUAGUAGUAGUAGUAGUAGUAGUAGUAGUAGUAGUAGUAGUAGUAGUAGUAGUAGUAGUAGUAGUAGUAGUAGUAGUAGUAGUAGUAGUAGUAGUAGUAGUAGUAGUAGUAGUAGUAGUAGUAGUAGUAGUAGUAGUAGUAGUAGUAGUAGUAGUAGUAGUAGUAGUAGUAGUAGUAGUAGUAGUAGUAGUAGUAGUAGUAGUAGUAGUAGUAGUAGUAGUAGUAGUAGUAGUAGUAGUAGUAGUAGUAGUAGUAGUAGUAGUAGUAGUAGUAGUAGUAGUAGUAGUAGUAGUAGUAGUAGUAGUAGUAGUAGUAGUAGUAGUAGUAGUAGUAGUAGUAGUAGUAGUAGUAGUAGUAGUAGUAGUAGUAGUAGUAGUAGUAGUAGUAGUAGUAGUAGUAGUAGUAGUAGUAGUAGUAGUAGUAGUAGUAGUAGUAGUAGUAGUAGUAGUAGUAGUAGUAGUAGUAGUAGUAGUAGUAGUAGUAGUAGUAGUAGUAGUAGUAGUAGUAGUAGUAGUAGUAGUAGUAGUAGUAGUAGUAGUAGUAGUAGUAGUAGUAGUAGUAGUAGUAGUAGUAGUAGUAGUAGUAGUAGUAGUAGUAGUAGUAGUAGUAGUAGUAGUAGUAGUAGUAGUAGUAGUAGUAGUAGUAGUAGUAGUAGUAGUAGUAGUAGUAGUAGUAGUAGUAGUAGUAGUAGUAGUAGUAGUAGUAGUAGUAGUAGUAGUAGUAGUAGUAGUAGUAGUAGUAGUAGUAGUAGUAGUAGUAGUAGUAGUAGUAGUAGUAGUAGUAGUAGUAGUAGUAGUAGUAGUAGUAGUAGUAGUAGUAGUAGUAGUAGUAGUAGUAGUAGUAGUAGUAGUAGUAGUAGUAGUAGUAGUAGUAGUAGUAGUAGUAGUAGUAGUAGUAGUAGUAGUAGUAGUAGUAGUAGUAGUAGUAGUAGUAGUAGUAGUAGUAGUAGUAGUAGUAGUAGUAGUAGUAGUAGUAGUAGUAGUAGUAGUAGUAGUAGUAGUAGUAGUAGUAGUAGUAGUAGUAGUAGUAGUAGUAGUAGUAGUAGUAGUAGUAGUAGUAGUAGUAGUAGUAGUAGUAGUAGUAGUAGUAGUAGUAGUAGUAGUAGUAGUAGUAGUAGUAGUAGUAGUAGUAGUAGUAGUAGU